AUGGCUGCGUCUUCUCUUAGAGUGGCCGCAAACAUGCGUCUUCCUCCUGAAGUCAACAGGAUUCUCUUCGUCAAAUGCUUACCUUACAAGAUUUCCACAGAAGACAUGUAUGAUAUCUUUGGAAAGUACGGAGCCAUUCGACAAAUCCGCCUCGGCAACACCAACCAAACAAGAGGAACAGCAUAUGUUGUUUACGAGGAUCUAUUCGAAGCGAAGGGGGCUUGUGAGAGUCUCAAUGGAUUUCAAGUGGCCGGUCGUUAUCUGAUUGUACGCAGCUGA